UGAGAACAAUGAGGAUGAUGAUGAUGUCCAACUCCUCCCUGAGUCCCAUGGAGCUGCUAACAGGUAAUGGCAGCUCCAUGCAGCCUGGUGGCGCUGUUGCGUUCCCUAAAGACAGCUUCACCAAUGCCAUGACAAAGAACAUAGUGGCAAUGCUCGUCUGGCUCGUCCUCAACGUCAUUAACGGCACCAUGGUGUACACCUUCAUGAAACACAGGGUUUUCUACGAGGACCCGCGCUACAUCAUGUUUAUCUGCAUGGUGGUGAACGACGCCAUGCAGCUCAGCCUGGUGACCACCCUGUACGUGGUGAGCUACAUCUUCAGACAGAUCCACGCCAGCGUCUGCUGCAUCCUGGUGAUGACUGCGGUGCUCACCACUCGCUCCACCCCUCUCAUCCUGGCGGGCAUGUCGGUGGAGCGCUACCUCUCCAUCUGCUACCCCAUGCACUACGGCCACAUCUGCACCGUGCGCCGCACCUUCAUCCUCAUCUGGGUCAUCCUUCUCCUCACGGCGGCCCCCCCGCUCACCGACCUCUUCAUCACCCUGGCCAAGGAGCCGCCAGAGUUCUUCUCCUCGUCCAUGUUCUGCGACCACUCGCUGCUCUUCAGGGACCGCUCCAUCUACUACAAGAACUGCGUGUUUGACGGCAGCUACCUGUCCUUUGUGGCACUGACGCUGCUGUACACCUACUGUAAGAUCAUGAUGGCCGCCCAGGCCGCCUCCACCACGCUGGCGUCCGUCAAGCGGGCGCGCAACACCGUGCUGCUGCACGGAGCGCAGCUGAUGCUGUGCCUGCUAGCGUUCGUGGUUCCUUCGCUGCAAGCGUCGCUGAUAACUCAGUUCCCCCACCUGAGCCUGGAGAUCCGCUACGUCUUCUUCCUGCUCGUCUACAUCAUACCCCGGUUCCUCAGCCCCAUCAUCUAUGGCUUCCGGGACGAGAACUUCAGAAGGUACUGGAUCCGCUACCUCACCUGUCGGGCAGGAAGAGCUGGCAGAGUCCGGCCCCUGCCCAUCAAGGUCACCCCCAAGGUCAAGUAAGAACCUCUGUGUUGAGUGGGGGAGGAACUGUGCCACCCUGUCAGGUGGACUUCUCUUCUUUGUCAGGCACAGUUACCUGGACAACAAGGAAUCACAAGGACCUCUAGACUCUAUGUAAAGAAAUCAGAAGAAACAAGUGAUUGGAUGUUUUCCCUUUUUAGUCUUUGAAAAAAAGUCCUUAAGGUUUAAUACAGAGUACAAAGACUAUGUGUUGGAGGCAUGGAUGAGAUACAGAGUUUCUUGAUUCUUUGAAUUCCUAGGGGUAUGUUUUACUGCAAGUGAACCCAAAGUUGUGUUUUUGUCUAGAGCUGUGACACUAGAGCUUCCAAGCUAAAUUCUGAUGAUGGCAUUGCGAUUGGUGACAAUAUAUUAAUGUUUGCCCAAUGAUUGUAAUCUAUAAUGCAUUUGUAGCCUUGCAAUUCAUACCAAUAUGCUCCAAUGUGCCUAUUGUUGUGUAAUUGUGUAAUUGUUUUGUCUCUUGGUCAAGUCUCAAGUCUCAUGGGUUUCUUUUGCUGAUGUACAUUUUCGUAAGUUGGAUCAUAAAUACACUUCUUUACUCAAACUAACCCACACUAAAACAAUUAAAGAGGCUGAUAGACCUACCUAGUCAUUAUGGUACACUACCAUUGACGUCUUGCCAAGA